CUUACAAGUUUAAUUUAGCCAACGAUUAUAACCAACCGCGGUCACAAGUUGAUAAAAUUUCAAAUUUCCCACCAAAAAAGUAACAAUGAGAAUAGCGGAGAUAUCGUCGCCUGAGAUCCGGUCAAGCCCCGGCGAUCCUCAAUCUCAUCUCCUAUCGCAGAUUGAAUCGUCAAUCAAACUCCUAGAGUCUCAAUCGCCACCAGCGACUCUCUCUUCUGAUGAUCUCCGACUCAGCCUCACUCAGCUCAAAUCGCUCUCUCCAUUCUCCAACUCACUGAAGCUCCACGUAUGGAAACUCAGUUAUCGCCUCUGGAACGCCUGUGUCGAUCUCUCCAACGCUUCAGGCGUUAAGUUGAACGACGAGCACGCAAAGCUCCGCCAAGUAUCCGCCGAUCUACUGUUUCUCGCCGCCGAUGUUACCGAAAUUCCUUCUCCGGCGUUCAAGUCAGCUUCAUUCUUCUACAAAACUGGCGUGAUUUGGCAUGAUCUUCGUAAGUUUGAUCCCGCUAGCUCUUGUUUCGAGAAAGCUACUCAUCUUAUCUCGAGUAUUGAUAUAGCUUCAAUUUCUGAUCCGGAAGAGCGUAAGCUUCUAUUGAAUUUGAAUAUUGCACGGUCUCGAACGGCUUGGGAAGUGGCAGAUCGCAAUAUAGCGAUUGCGUUGCUUAAUCGAUCGAAAACCGUGUUAUUUGGAUUAGCUGAGAAUUAUUGUGCAUUAGCGAAUCAGUACUUAAUAUUUGGAAAGACGAUUCUAGCUAAAAAUGAAAUUUCUAGUGUUGCUGAUGCUUUGAAACUCAUGAACGAAGCGUUGGAUUUGUGUGAAAAAGGAUUGAGGAUUGUGAAGAGGUCUAAUGAAUCACUAGGUUUGAAGGAAUUGAAAUCGAAGACAUUGAGAUUCAUGGCUGCAUCACAUUUGCAGACGGAUGAUUUUGAGAGUGUUUUGAAGUGUGUUAGGGUUUUGAGAGAUGGCGAUGGAGAUAGUGAUAAUCAUCCGAGUUUGAGUGUCUUGGCUAUGAAAGCUUGGUUGGGGGUAGGGAGGUUUGAAGAAGCGGAGAAGGAAUUGAGAGGUAUGGUGGUAAAUAAGGGGAUUCCAGAAGCUGUUUGGGUGUCAGCUGUGGAGUUUUACUUUCAGGCAGUUGGAACAGCAGGAGCCGAGACAGCGAAGGGAAUUUUCUUAGGACUUUUAGGGAGAUGUCAUGUAAGUGCAGGUGCAGCCACUAGAGUGGUUCAUAGAGUUCUUGGUGAUGGUGUUGGCAGUGAGGGGUCAAAGGUGAGAGCGAAGGUGGUGGCUGAGCUUGUCUCCGAUGACAGGGUCGUUGCUCUCUUUGCUGGAGAUGCUGCCAAGGAGCGGACUGUAAUGCAUUCUUUGCUUUGGAAUUGUGCUGCAGAUCACUUUAGAUUCAAAGAUUACGAGACCAGUGCUGAGAUGUUUGAAAAGUCCCUGCUUUAUGUCCCUCAUAAUACAGAGAACAGAAUUCUUCGAGCGAAGGGUUUCAGAGUUCUUUGCCUUUGUCAUCUAGGUCUUUCCAAGUUAAAACAAGCAGAGGAGUAUAUUGAUGAAGCUGAAAAGCUUGAACCCAACAUAGCCUGUGCAUUUCUAAAGUUUAAGAUCUACCUACAAAAGAUUGAGCAUGAUAAGGCUGUUACUCAAGUUCAAUCGAUGCCGGCUUGCCUAGACUUCAGUCCUGACUUCCUCUCCCUCUCAGCCCAUGAAGCAGUUGCUUGUCAUGCACUUCCUGUUGCUGUUGCCUCUCUAUCUGUGCUCCUAAAAUUUUACUCUUCGGGAAAGUCUAUGCCAACAACUGAAGUUGUCGUUCUUCGUACUCUUGUCACAAUUAUCAGUCAAGAUCCUCUUCAUGAUUCCGAUGUCCUCAAGUACAUGAAACAAGCUCAUGCUCGCUUAUCUGAGCUUGGAGCUGAUAGCUUCUUUGGGAAAGGUGAGGUUGGGACACGGGAGCGGAACUGGUUUGCUGUGCAGUCAUGGAAUAUUGGGCUGAGAACUGGUAAGGAGAAGAAUUAUGAAUUAUCUUGGAACUUUUUUAUGUUGGCAUCAGAAUUUUAUGGUACAAUGAUUGACGGAGAUAUGGAUGGUAACAAUGUAAUGGUCUGUAAGUCGCUGAUACUGGCUGUUACUGCCAAGAUAGCUGAUGAAAAGCAGAGGAACGUCACAUUGCUUGAAAGUGAAGUCAAACAAGCCAUCGAAUUACUAGACAGGACUGGAAAGAUCUUGUUGUCAUGCUCUGCUGGUCCCCAACCAAACAUUGAUCAGACUACUAACAUUGAACCAUAUUUCCUCUUUAUACACACAUUGGAUGCCUGUGAUCUUUAUUCAAGGCUCAGUGAUACAGGACCCCAACUACUUCGCCUGAUAAAAAGCUUCGCCAGCUCAAAGUCUUGUAAUCCAAAGUAUCUACUUCAAAUUGGCCUGAUUUCAUCAGAUGGCCCCCGGUCCAAUCUUGAAGUAGCCACCUACGCUCUAAAUACAUGUCUCUCAAGCUUACUGGACUCCCAAUCACCAGAUUAUGGAUCCGUGGCUCAGAUAAUGAGGAAACUAAUUAGCCUUAGUGGUGUUUACAAGGCUGAUACCGAUGAUGAUGAAGUCUAUGGCAUGUAUAGACAAGCAUACCGGAUAAUGGUGGGACUGAAGGAAGGUGAGUACCCUAUUGAAGAGGGUAAAUGGCUUGCAAUGACAGCAUGGAACAGGGCAGCUCUAGCAGUAAGAAUGGGGCCUUCUAGUGCAGCAAUGAAGUGGAUGAAUAUGGGGUGGGAAUUGGCAGGGAAGGUUCAAGGAAUGCAAACUUAUCAAUCAUGCAUGGAAGAUUUCAUUGCUAGUUUCAAGGAUAAAUGCAAGGCCACAAACUCCAAUUAAAAUUUCUUCGACGAAUAGUUCUUAUACUGUAAUAGUAUAAUGAUAAAACCGCCUUGCACAUGUCUGGAUAUUAUUCCAAAGAGACCUGCAGUAUAGUAUUUUCUACUAGGCAAGGUCAUUUGAUACUUA